CCCCUUGUGCCAAGAGAGCAAGAGUCAAACGUGGGCUCAUCAGCUAUAGCAUUGCUCGUCUGCUGUUGGCGGUCUGGUAGUGUUCUGUCGUCUAUCAGGUUUCCAUAUCAACGUCAUCUCAGGUCUAAUCUCUUAGCAUAAAAAUGGGGAGUGCCAAUGACAACAAACUCAGAUUUUGCAUUGACAGAGGGGGAACCUUCACUGAUGUUUAUGCUGAGAUCCCAGGUCAGCCUGAUGGACAAGUUUUAAAACUUUUGUCUGUUGAUCCAUCAAACUAUGACGAUGCUCCAGUUGAAGGAAUUCGGAGGAUUCUUGAAGAGUUUACUGGGGAGAAAAUUUCCCGUGCUUCAAAAAUACCGACUGAUAAGAUAGAAUGGAUAAGGAUGGGUACAACUGUGGCAACAAAUGCACUUUUGGAGAGAAAAGGGGAAAGGAUUGCUCUCUGUGUGACUCGGGGUUUCCGGGAUUUGCUCCAGAUUGGUAACCAGGCUCGUCCCAAAAUAUUUGAUCUCACUGUAUCAAAACCGUCAAACCUUUAUGAGGAGGUUGUUGAGGUUGACGAGAGAGUUGAGCUGGCAAAUGAUAAUCAAGAUUCUUCUUCUGCGUCGUUAGUUAAAGGAGUUUCUGGUGAGAUGGUUAAAGUUGUAAAGCCUAUUGAUGUAGAAACUUUGAAGCCUUUACUCCAAGGUUUGUUGGAAAAGGGGAUAAGCUGUUUGGCUGUUGUGUUAAUGCAUUCUUACACCUACCCACAGCAUGAAGUAGCUGUUGAAAGGCUAGCUGAGAGUUUGGGCUUCAGACAUGUUUCCUUGUCUUCAGCUUUGACACCCAUGGUUCGAGCUGUUCCUCGGGGUCUGACAGCUAGUGUUGAUGCAUAUUUGACGCCGGUGAUCAAAGAGUACCUAUCAGGGUUCAUGUCUAAAUUUGAUGAAGGGGUAGAGAAGGUGAAUGUUUUGUUUAUGCAAUCUGAUGGUGGACUUGCACCAGAAAGUCGAUUUUCGGGUCACAAAGCUGUUUUGUCUGGUCCUGCUGGUGGAGUUGUGGGUUACUCACAGACACUUUUUGGGCUUGAAACUGAGAAACCUCUCAUUGGGUUUGACAUGGGUGGCACAUCUACAGAUGUGAGCCGUUAUGCAGGGACUUAUGAACAAGUCCUGGAAACCCAGAUUGCUGGUGCCAUAAUACAAGCACCUCAGCUUGACAUAAGUACUGUAGCUGCUGGUGGCGGGUCAAAGUUAAAGUUCCAGUUUGGAGCUUUCCGGGUGGGACCAGAAUCAGUGGGUGCACAUCCUGGUCCAGUGUGUUACCGAAAAGGUGGGGAGUUGGCAGUUACAGAUGCAAACUUAGUUCUAGGAUAUGUAAUUCCUGAUUAUUUCCCAUCAAUAUUUGGCCCCAAUGAAGAUAAGCCUCUAGAUAUCAGGGCAACAAGAGACGAGUUUGACAAGCUUGCAAGGCAAAUAAAUUCAUACCGAAAGAGCCAGGAUCCAUCUGCAAAGGACAUGACCGUGGAGGAGAUAGCACUAGGAUUUGUAAAUGUUGCCAAUGAGACUAUGUGCCGUCCAAUAAGGCAAUUAACUGAGAUGAAGGGCCAUGAAACAAGGAACCAUGCCCUUGCUUGCUUUGGAGGUGCUGGGCCUCAGCAUGCCUGCGCAAUUGCUAGGUCAUUGGGUAUGAAAGAAGUACUUAUACACAGGUUCUGUGGAAUCUUAAGUGCUUAUGGGAUGGGAUUGGCAGAUGUUGUAGAAGAGGCACAGGAGCCAUACUCUGCAGUUUACAGUCUUGAAUCGGUUCAGGAGGCCUCUCACAGAGAAGCUAUUUUACUGAGUCAAGUAAGGCAGAAGCUGCAAGAGCAAGGUUUUAGAGAUGAAAAUAUGACAACAGAGACAUAUCUGAAUUUGAGAUAUGAAGGUACAGACACCUCAAUCAUGGUUAAGAAACGAAUUACUGAAGAUGGGAGAGGAUGUAACUACGAUCUGGACUUUGUGGAACUAUUCCAGCAGGAGUAUGGAUUUAAAUUACUGAAUAGGAAUAUCCUAAUAUGUGAUGUUAGGGUUCGCGGUGUAGGAGUCACUAAUAUAUUGAAGCCCCUGGCUCUAGAACGUACUUCGUGUUCUCCUAAAGUUGAAGGUAAUUACAAGGUUUAUUUUGGAAAUGGGUGGCAGGAAACACCUCUAUACAAGCUUGAGAAACUGGGAUAUGGGCAUAUCAUGGCUGGUCCGGCAAUAAUCAUGAACGGGAAUAGUACUGUGAUAGUAGAACCUAACUGUAAAGCUAUAAUAACUAAAUAUGGUAACAUUAAAAUUGAAAUUGACUCUACUUCAAGCACCAUGAAAGUAGUGGAAAAAGUUGCUAAUGUUGUGCAGCUCUCAAUCUUCAAUCAUAGAUUUAUGGGUAUAGCUGAACAGAUGGGAAGGACCCUGCAGAGAACUUCUAUAUCAACUAACAUCAAGGAACGACUAGAUUUCUCUUGUGCCCUCUUUGGACCUGAUGGGGGACUAGUUGCUAAUGCCCCUCAUGUCCCUGUGCACUUAGGAGCAAUGUCAAGUACUGUUCGGUGGCAGAUCAACUACUGGGGUGACAAUUUGAGUGAAGGAGAUGUUUUGGUCACGAAUCAUCCUUGUGCCGGAGGUAGUCAUCUUCCUGAUAUAACUGUUAUUACACCUGUCUUCGAUAAUGGAAAGCUGGUGUUUUUUGUGGCAAGUAGAGGGCAUCAUGCAGAGAUUGGGGGUAUCACUCCUGGAAGCAUGCCACCUUUUUCCAAGUCUAUAUGGGAAGAAGGGGCUGCCUUAAAAGCUUUUAAGCUUGUGGAAAAGGAGAUUUUUCAAGAAGAAGGAAUCACUAAACUUCUUCGAUUCCCCUGUUCUGAUGAAUUGGCUCAAAAGAUCCCUGGAACUCGCAGGCUUCAAGAUAAUCUAUCAGAUCUCCAAGCUCAAGUAGCUGCAAACAAGAGAGGAAUUACCCUUAUCAAAGAGCUAAUUGAGCAGUAUGGUUUGGACACUGUUCAGGCUUACAUGACCUAUGUACAGCUGAAUGCAGAAGAAGCAGUGAGGGAAAUGCUGAAGUCUGUCGCUGCUAGAGUUUUAUCUCAGCCGUCUAGUUCUGGAGAUGGGAGUUCUGUUACUAUUGAAGAAGAGGAUUACAUGGACGAUGGAUCCAUUAUUCAUUUGAAACUUACCAUUGAUUCUGAUAAAGGUGAAGCAAAUUUUGAUUUUAGUGGAACCAGUCCUGAAGUAUAUGGGAAUUGGAAUGCUCCAGAAGCCGUAACAGCAGCAGCAGUUAUAUACUGUCUUCGCUGCUUGGUGGAUGUGGAUAUUCCUCUCAAUCAAGGUUGUUUGGCUCCUGUGAAAAUCUAUAUUCCACCAGGCUCAUUUCUCUCUCCAAGUGAUAAAGCUGCUGUGGUGGGUGGUAACGUUCUCACUUCUCAGAGAAUAACUGAUGUUGUACUUACUGCAUUUCAGGCUUGUGCUUGUUCACAGGGUUGUAUGAAUAAUCUCACUUUUGGGGAUGAGACAUUUGGUUAUUAUGAAACAAUUGGAGGUGGAAGUGGAGCUGGUCCGACCUGGGAUGGGACAAGCGGAGUCCAGUGUCAUAUGACCAAUACCCGAAUGACUGAUCCAGAAAUUUUUGAGCAGAGAUAUCCAGUUCUUUUGCAUAAAUUUGGCCUGAGAGAGAACAGCGGGGGAGUUGGAUAUCACAGAGGGGGUGAUGGACUUGUGAGGGAGAUAGAGUUCAAGCGUCCAAUUGUUGUGAGCAUUCUCUCAGAGAGGCGUGUUCACACACCAAGGGGAUUGAAAGGAGGGAAAGACGGGGCUCGUGGGGCUAAUUUCCUAAUCACACAAGAUAAACGAAGGGUUUACCUAGGGGGUAAGAACACAGUUGAAGUGCAGCCGGGGGAAAUUCUUCAGAUUUUAACUCCUGGUGGUGGUGGAUGGGGCUCUCCUACUUGAUUCUUCACGGUGCCAAACUGUUUGAUGCUGAGUCUUGUCUGGUUUGUCUAGCAUGUUUCUCUUUUCAUAUUUCUCUUGUAAAAUUUUAUAAGUAUUUGUGGUCACCACCAUGUUCUGGAGAUGUUAUUAAGAUCUCAAAAGAAAUCCGUUGUGUUUUUUAUAUGCUAUGGACCUCUGUAUCUUGGGUUCUAUUGACAGCUUGGGGAAGGGACAAUUUCCGUUUUUUCCUUGACA